CUCACGGUGCGACGAGACGCGCUGCGUCUCGUGACGGAAGGCAUGGUCGAAGUCGACAUGGAGUCCCCCGCGUCGUACGACAAGCAAGGCGACCUGGCCUACUACUCGGAGGAAAGCCUCCAACAACGCCUGGCGCUGCGCGGAGACCCUCUCCUCUUGCGUCUCACGCGAACAUUUUGGAGCCUCACCAACGUCGGCGCCGAGACGACCAUGACAUUUGGAGACUAUAGCGACCUCAUGAUGCGCGUGCACAAGAUCCUCAACGAACACUUUGACGUGCAAAUGACGUUGCAUUCGAUCGAGGACGACUGGGUGAGCGAUACAAGCGGUACCAAUAUCCUUACGUACGACGCAUUUCACCUCUCGCUGUACGAGCUCGUGGAUCUCUGGUGCGACUCGGUGAAAGUGGACGAUUACGUCUCGCUGCUCUACUUCAUCCUCACGGGCAUCACCAACGUCGAAGACCACCACCUUUUCUUCCGGGAAAUCCAAGAUGUGGUCUACGUGGACGUCACGGAAGAUGACCAGCGCGCGUCCAUGGCUGACAUAGAGCUUGCACUCAACGACCUGCGCCAGAUUGGCCCCACACCUCGACCUGUCCAACCUUCCAGUCAAACGCACCAGGUAGCGCCGGCAGUACCGGUUGCAUCCGUGGUCCGUGUCGAGUCGCCCCCACCCCGCGAGCCGUUGCCGCGCCAGAAGGACGAAGGGAAGGCAAUUAAGGCGGAGAAGCCGCAGCGUGCGACCCCCAAAACGGUGACAGCACCGGAAGUACGACCGAAAACCCCAGUUGCAGCAGCGCUCACCGCAGAGACUGUGGCCGAGACACCGCAACUUCCGAUGGAAAGACCGACGCCGUUGGUCGUGACAAAACCAGCGUCACCUCCAAACGACACGAAAGAAGCGCGUGUUUUACAGGCCGAUCCUCCGCCGAUGCUUGCGAAGAGCGACGAGCGCAUGAUGGACGUCGACACCGCAAUGACAAUCAACGACGAGCCAGAGAAGCGUGUCGAUGCGGCGCCUCUCGUUCGACGCCGAUCGACGAUCGUUGCAACCGUCGAGUCGGUGCCACUCGUGCGCCGUGACUUUGGCGGCUUUUCCAUCAUGUCGGCCCGCGACGACGCUGGCCAGAAUAACCCGUUGUUGACUGUGACCGUGUCGCGCCAAAUCCCCAAAGACGAUGAUGACGCAAUGGAUGUCAAGAAUGACGCGCUCGGGCGAAACGAGAGAGACCUUAGGCGCGACGAAGCGAUCGCCAAGGCCUUCAACGUCCAGAAUCGUGCGUCAUUGACGCGGCCCUUGACGCCGCCGUCGUUCCCAGGACCGUUUGCAUUGUCGCCCAAGGCCGAGCGCGUCUAUGGGCGUCAGAUUGUGCGCAAAAUGCAUGAAGCCCACGUCGAGAAGGUUCACGCCUUGGCCCAAGAUACAUUUGGCGCCGUGGAAGAGACCUGUGACAAUAGCAGUGCAGAGGCGCUUCCCAGCGCCCUCGUCCAUGCGGCACCGGGCCCGCGUGACGAGAACAGUGCUGCUCUCGAAGACGACCUCUGCGUACAAGUGUCGUCCAAUGCAACCGGUACGUGUAGCGAGCGCCGCCGUAGCUCGACGGUUAGCGUCGAGGACAAGAUCAAGCUCACAGCGCUGCUGGCGGCUGUGCGCCAGCAGUGGCACAACAACACCGAGUCGGCAGGUUCUGUCGUCGAGAGCCUCCAGGGCCAAACCAUCGGACGGCUCCCACCAAUGACCCAUUCGCCGCCAAAGCCAUCGCUGACGGCGACGCCACCAGCGACUGUGUCCAAGGCGCUCCCUGCAAUCGAGUCGCCACCCAAAGAGUCGCAGCUCGUUGAACCGCAGCCUGUGACGCCACGAUCCAAGCUGGUGCAACGCCUUGUGCCAGACCCGAUCGUGCGCAAGUUUCGCGUCCGAAAGGAAGAGCUCGUCGAUGCGCUGCAUAUUGGCAACCCAGGACGGCAUGCAAAGACGUUGGAGGCCAUUUCGAGUACGACGACUCCGAGUCUCCCCAAGGUUGCACACGCGCCAGAGAAGAGCCAACCAAGAGGAUCGCACGAUCCCGUGCACUUGACGCCGCUCUCGCUGAGCGCCAAAGGCAGCGGCGCGACGCCGCGGGAAAACCAGCCCCCGUCGCCAACAAAGAUGGAGAAGAAGCCACGCAAGUCGAUGCGGGUGCAGCACCAAGGCUCCAUGAAGUUCAUUGCGCUCGUCAAGCCGCAAGCGCCGUCGGCUAGCGACUUUGUGUAUAUUUCGGCCGUCGUGCCAUCAUUAAACCAGUAA